AAUGAUCAAUAACUAAAUUUUGUCAUUAGUUUUGGGUAUAAAACUAAUUAAUGAGACUUCACUAAUAUCAGUAGUCACUUGUUGAUAAAGUCUUGAUUUUCUCGACGUCGAUUUGUAUACUAAUCCCGAUGAACUUGAACGUGUGUUUUCGAGUUCUUUUAUGUCUCUUCGCCCUCUUUUCAUACUCCCUUCAAGAUGCGUGUAAAGACAAAGAUUGUGGGCAAGGAAAGUGUGUACCUGAUUUAGUACUUCCCGACAUAUUGUUCCAUUGUGAGUGUUAUACUGGUUGGAAGACGAUCAUGGUUGGACCCAUGUCCUUCGGCAGCUGCAUUAUCCCCAAUUGCACUGUGGAUUUCUCAUGCGGCGGAAAGUAUCCGCCCACGCCUCCAUUCCCACCGAUUAAUUUCACCAGCCCUUGUAACUUAGUUUGGUGUGGCGACGGCGACUGUGUGGUGAAUGGAAACGACCACUAUUGUCAAUGCCACGACCGUGCUGCCAAUUUGUUACAUAAUCCAAAGUUCAUUUGCAUGCAACAAUGUUAUCUGGACGGAGAUUGUAAUCACCUAGGUCUCUUCCCACCACCGCCGCCGCCUAGCAGUGUGGCCUCGCCUGGACCUAGUGGCGGGAAAAAUGGUGCAUCAUAUUCCUUCACAAAGCUUCCUGCUGUUCUUGUUGCAAUUUUCACUGGAGUUUUUCUAACAAUGACUUGAUUAGUGAUAACUAAUGUAUGCAUGCAUGCAUGAAUGUAUGUAUAUAAUGUUUUACUUUAGAUUAUAAUCAAAGUUAAAAGAGACUUCAUAAGAAUUAUAUUGCAUGACAUUGUUUCUUUUGAA